AUAAGAGUAGCCAAAGGAUAAUAUUAAAGAAGAAUAUUGAAAAUAUGAUGAGGAUAAAUAAAAUAGUAGCAAAAAUAAAUAAUGCACCACCUAAAUAGAAUAAUUAAUAAUACCUGCUAGAGUAAAAUCAGUUUUAGUUUUGCAUGCAUAAACAGUCAAUGCAGCAGUAACAGCAAAUGUCAUAAGUGCAGCUAUUAAUAUUAAACAGCCAAUUCAAUAAUAGCCUUAUUACAAUUAAACAGUUCCCUAAAAUAAUGGAACAUAUUCGAACGAUGAAUGUAAUUUAAAAUUUAAGAUUUUAGAA